ACAAAGUAUAACGUUACUAACUAAAUAAUCAAGGUUUUUCAGCGAGCCAAGUAACGUUACAGUACGUUGAUAGACACUGUAAAUAGUGUUGUUUUACGGUUAUCCAACACGUAAAUUAGCUAGCUAACCUGGCAAGCUUGCUAGCUAGCUGGUUCUGUUUAUGUGUUGGAACAGCACGUCGGAGCUAACGUUAGCCACCAAGCCAUGGAGAUAUGUGUGUACCUAGCUAGCUAACAUUAGAUACAGGAUUAGACAGCUAUAUUUCCCCCCCGGUUUGUUUACUUUCCUUGGUAGCUAGCAAAGUAGCUAACUUCUCUUAAAUUGCGUUGUUUCCUGGUAAGCAGGAUAACUAGCUGUCGCUGAGCACUAACUCUCUGAUUGAUAUAAUGUAACCUGAAAUUCAGCUACCUAGGAAAUCCUGUUAACUCCCAUCAGUCAUGCUGUUAACUAUGUGACCGCCUAGAGCUGUGUGUGCGUCAUCAUUCGAGAAGUUACCUUUGUUUAGCUUACGUAAUUCUUCACAUGCUAUAUAUUGACACAUUUUAUUAUCCAUAAUAUUAACUUUGAAACUUGCCAAGCCGCCCACUCAAAGAUAAGGUGUGAGUUAGUAUUUGUAUGUCCUUGACCUAGUGGGGCCAGUAUGAGAAGGAAAAAAUAAUAAUAAACUAAGUCGCUCUGGAUAAGAGCGUCUGCUACAUGACUAAAAUAUGAACAGCAACGGGAAUAAGAGAGCACCGACCACAGCCACCCAGAGACUAAAACAGGACUACCUCAGAAUAAAGAAAGACCCUGUGCCUUACAUCUGUGCUGAACCCCUACCAUCCAACAUCCUCGAAUGGCACUAUGUUGUUCGAGGUCCUGAGAAGACCCCAUACGAAGGGGGAUAUUAUCAUGGCAAACUAAUAUUCCCUCGGGAGUUCCCCUUUAAGCCACCCAGCAUCUACAUGAUCACACCAAACGGGAGAUUUAAGUGUAACACGAGGUUAUGUUUAUCCAUCACUGAUUUCCACCCAGACACGUGGAACCCAGCCUGGUCCGUCUCCACCAUCCUGACGGGUCUGCUCAGCUUCAUGGUGGAGAAAGGCCCUACCCUGGGUAGUAUCGAGACCUCCGACUACACCAAAAGACAGCUGUCGGCCCAGAGCUUGGCUUUCAACCUGAAGGACAAGGUGUUCUGUGAACUGUUUCCUGAUGCAGUCGAUGAGAUCAAGCAGAAGCGGAAGGCCCAGGAGGAGUUGAGCGCCCGCCCCCAGCCCCUCCCCCUCCCAGACGUGGUUCCCGACGGCGACCUUCAACACGGCAACUACGGAAUCCCCGCCCUCAACGGAGGCCAUGCCCCCUUGGGCCCUGCUAUGCCCGCCCCCGGCCUGCAGCAGGCCAAUCGUAAUCACGGACUGCUGGGCGGGGCCUUGGCCAACCUGUUUGUGAUUGUGGGGUUCGCUGCGUUUGCCUACACGGUGAAGUAUGUGCUGCGGAGCAUCGCCCAGGAGUGAGAGGAGAGGAGAGGAGAGGAGAGGAGGGGACAAUUGACCCUCGGGCCAGGACCACAUUACAGGACUAUUAUACCAUUUAAACAUGUGGGGGGGGGGAUGAAUGGAACGGGGUUGGUUGUUGAAAUGGUUGUUGAUCCACUCUUGUGCGCUCAGUGCUUAUGACCCAAUACCAGGUAGAAGUGCCUGGCUCACGGGUUGUGUAGGGGAGCAUAGACAUUGAAGUUAUGGUAGAUUUGUCAUUCUCUGUGAAAAGCAACAUUGUAUUUUAUAGACAUGUGGCUUUAGCGGCCAUGUUGACCAUCGGCUUAAUGAAUUGUUCUUCUCCACAUAAUUACUCUGAAUCCACCGUGUUGUUGCUGGGUGUCUUCUGUGUGCUAGAACAAUUAUAUCCCUGGAAAGAA